GCGCCUCCAGUAGCUGUGUGACCUGAGAAGGUCUCCGGCCUUGUGCUAGAGUUGCACGGUGAGCGUGGCUGUGAACUUCCCCAGGCUGUCUUACCGACACAGUAGAGCUACGAUGUUCAAGUGCAAGACAGUAUGGAAUAAACUGGCUCCGCUGGCCAGGGCCUCAUCCACUGUGUGUCUGCAGAAUGCGAGAAAAUCAGUGCUCAGACAUGGGAGAAAGCUGGAGAUGGUUCAGAAGUCCCCGAUGUCAUCAGGGCCAGCAGGAGGGGGUGGUGAAAACACUCUGUAUUAUGUCCUGGUUGGAGCAACAUGUUUGGGGGCAGGAGUUUAUGCCUACCGCACCGUCUCAGGGGACAAGGAAAGAUAUAAUGAGCGAAUGAUAGAACUUGUCAGUAGGUCAAAACAAGGACCACAAGCAACUGAGGCUAUAGCUGAAGCUGUGGCACAGUCAAAAGAAGAAGAACCUGCUCUAACAGAACCUCCUGUUGAAGAACCUCCGGUGACGGAAGCUGUUGUGGAGUCCACUGAAACCGAACCUGUUUUAGAAGAAUCUGUAACAGAACCAGUUGUAGAAGCUUCUAUUCCGGAACCCAUUGUGGAAACCCCAGUAACAGAGCCUGUUGUUGAAGCCUCGGUAGAGGAACCUGUUGCAGAAGUUGCGAGUGAAACAGAGCCUACACCUGUAAUCAUCGCUGAGCAUGUUCCAGAGGCUUCAUCUGUUUCUGAGAGUGCUGCAGUUUCUGAGGCUGUUCCUGCUGCUGAGCCCAUUGAACCCACUGCUGCUCACCCAGAUGUCCCUGAACACGCUCCCUAUCUGCUGAUUGGUGGAGGCACGGCUUCAUUCGCUGCAGCCAGGUCCAUUCGGGCACGUGACCCUGGUGCCAGGGUGUUGAUUGUAACAGAAGAGUCUGACCUUCCCUACAUGAGACCUCCUCUUUCUAAAGAGCUCUGGUUCUCUGAUGACCCUAAGGCCACCGAAACACUGCGCUUCAAACAGUGGAAUGGUAAAGAGAGGAGUAUUUACUUCCAGCCUCCGUCGUUCUACGUCAGUCCCGCAGAUCUUGCCAAAGUGGAGAAUGGGGGUGUGGCUGUGCUCACAGGCCGUAAGGUGGUACACAUGGAUGUCAGAGGAAAUAAAGUCAAACUAAGUGAUGGUGCAGAGAUCUCCUAUGAUAAGUGCCUGAUUGCCACAGGUGGGGUGCCUAGGAAUCUGCAAGUGAUUGACAGAGCAGGAGAGGAGGUGAUGAAGAGGACAACCCUCUUUAGAAAAAUUGAAGAUUUUAAAUCUCUAGAGAAAAUCUCCAGGGAGGUUAAGUCCAUUACCAUCGUUGGCGGAGGUUUUCUUGGUAGCGAGCUAGCAUGUGCCUUGGGUCGCAGAUCCGACCUUGGUUUAGAGGUGAUCCAGAUGUUCCCAGAGAAGGGUAACAUGGGAAAAGUACUGCCUGAAUACUUGAGUAACUGGACCACUGAGAAAGUCCGCAAAGAGGGUGUAAACGUCAUCACAGACGCUCUAGUGAAAAACGUGAGCUACAAAAAUGACAAAUUGGAAAUCAGACUGAAGGAUGGACGACUGGUUAAGACAGAUCACAUUGUGGCAGCAGUUGGUUUGGAGCCUAGUGUGGAACUUGCCAAAUCUGCCGGCCUGGAGGUGGACUCUGAUUUCGGAGGGUACCGGGUUAAUGCUGAGCUCCAGGCUCGCUCCAACAUCUGGGUGGCAGGAGAUGCUGCAUGUUUCUAUGACAUCAAGCUUGGUCGUCGACGCGUAGAGCAUCACGAUCACGCGGUGGUCAGUGGCAGACUGGCUGGAGAGAACAUGACCGGAGCCAGCAAACCCUACUGGCAUCAGUCAAUGUUCUGGAGUGAUCUAGGUCCAGAUGUUGGAUAUGAAGCCAUCGGUAUUGUGGACAGCAGCCUGCCCACCGUGGGAGUAUUUGCUAAAGCCACAGCCAAGGACACACCAAAAGCUGCAACCGAACAAUCAGGCACCGGAAUCCGUUCCGAGAGUGAGACAGAGGCAGUUGCCGGGACAUUGAAGACAGAAACAAAGGCCACUCCACCUCCUAUCCAGCAGAAGGAGGAUUAUGGGAAGGGAGUGAUAUUCUACCUGAGGGACCAAGUAGUGGUCGGUAUUGUAUUGUGGAAUGUCUUCAACAGAAUGCCCAUCGCAAGGAAGAUAAUCAAAGACGGAGAACAUCAUGCAGAUCUGAAUGAGGUGGCCAAGCUUUUUAACAUCCAUGAAGACUGAACAAUCUUUCAUUUCUCUGUCAAGGGCACUCAGCCCAAAUCCAUGUGGAGUGAACUUGGGAAAAGACACACACACACAUACACACUGAACAAACAUGCAGCCUGUCGUCUGCCAUUUUGACCUCGACGCCUCUCAGGAUGUCAUGCUGACUCCAAGCUGCAAGAUGGCGCUGCGCCCAUGGAUUGUUUAAAACUAUACCACUCAAUUUUUCUACUAAGGGAUAUCUAUCUUGUUGUUUGUAUUGAAAAGUUAUGCUGUGUGUUGUUUUUUUUCCUGUUGAGGUCAGUAAAUGUUUCUCACUUCUUGAAUGCAUUUCUUCCAAACACCUCAUCAAAGUCAGACAGGAUAUCCACUUCCGUUAAAUAUUGCAAUAAAGUUGCAUUUUGAAUCAGACAAACCCUGAUGAAAGACAUUCCUCUGACACCUGGUAGUACAGUGUUUUCUUCCUGCACGAUUAAAGCAGCUCGUACAAAUGAAAUUUAAAUAAAAGUAAAUUAUUUUUAACAACGUCUCGAGAUUCAUUUACAUUUUUCCUAACUUGGGCAAAUGUACAGUGAUUGUUUGGUCAUUCCAGAGGUCAGAGGAACUUACCAAUCCUUUGCAAGUGCAAGACAUUCAUAAACUGAAAUUUGAAUGAAUUUGAAAUGCCUGUGUGUCCGAUAUGGAUGUGACCCUGAGGCUUUUGAGAUGCGUAGUGAAGAUGCAAUAUGUUAAGGCUCAUUAAACCUGUGAUUGCCUGCAAACAUGUUCCCUAACAUAGCCUUGACCUAUUUCCUUAUGCACCAGUGCUCUGAUAUACAGGUCAGAGUAAUAGUAAUAGCAAAUUGCUCAUUCUGUGUUUCUGCAGAGUGAUAGCCAUGGAAAAAAAAAAA